CCCAGAUUCAGGCCUCAGGCAGAAAACCCUUUCCUCUCUUCUCCACUACCUCGAGACGGCAGCACUCGCACACGAUCGCAAUGACCAUCACUCGUCGAUUCGCGACUUCAGAUUACCAGGAUGGUCAAUGAUACUUCCACGCCUGUUCGACUAUCUCGCAAUCGAAAAUCCCGUGGACGCGGUCUGCGCACGACAACUGGCUGGUAUUGCAACUGGUCGCAAGCGGCACCUGAAAUGCGACGAAGUCAAGCCAGCCUGUGGUCCCUGCCUCAAGGUCAGCCGGCAAUGCGUUUACUCGCAGCUAUCCGACCUUCGCAGCCGUAUUGAGCCGUCUGAAGAGCCUCUACAGAAUUCUCCUGCAGAACCCCCUGAAGGACCUGUGGAGGAGCAUGGCGGAAAGCAACGCCCCGCGACUAGAACACAUCCAUCCGUUCCCUUUGAUCCUUCAUCAUUUACAGGAGCAGGCCCCCACCAGUCGCCUGGGGUACUUUCGCCGCAUGAACCGCAAAUUUCAACUAUCUCCUCGCGGCCUCAGGGCAAUGGCCAUUCUCCGUUACAUCCGCUCGACCAACUUGCCGCCAUUGUAGCCAUUGAUCAUACCACAUCCCCGCAUAAUAUUGGCAAUGCCCUUGCCACACACUAUUCCCCUGAUAUACCACAUUCCGUCACAAGCUCUAUAGGAUCUCCUAGGUUAACGGUUAAUACCGCCACCGUAAGGUGGUUCGACCUGCUUGCGAAUGAUGCUAUCAGAGAGAGUCCCCAAGUUCCAGGCGCAGACUAUCCAGACAUUAGCUCUUUGGAGCGACUUGAAGGUACGGAUGUAUCGCAAAUCACGCCUCUACAGCGCGCAACUAGGAUUGUAGAUCACAACCUUCGUGACGUGGAUACGCAUCCGGUUGACUCGCCUGUGGGUUCAUCCUCUGAGGAGACGUUAUGGCAAGCGCAAGAGCCGAUUCAGCUUCUUCCGCGGGAGUAUUCUCUCUUUGAGAACUUUGUGCAGCGUAUUAGCCCCUGGAUUGAUCUCUUCGACCCGACAAACAAAUUCUCCACCUUCGUUCCUCAUCUUGCGAUGCGCAAUGCCGGGCUCCUGAACGCCAUUCUAGCCCUCUCUUCUCGUCAUAUAGCGCUCAAUCCAGAAGGGCCGACACCUGACCACCAAACCCAUCGCGAAGCGGCACUCCAGUACUACUACCAGACCCUACACUACGUGCAAAAAGCUAUGCAAUAUUCCAGCUAUAAAACUAGUUUGGAACUUCUAGCAACCACACUCAUUAUUUCAACAUAUGAGAUGCUGGAUGACUCGAGUCAAGACUGGCAGCGGCACUUGGAAGGUGUCUUCCUGAUCCAGCGUUCUCAGGUGAUCCAUGGAGAUUCUGGUGGACUUAAAAGUGCAGUUUGGUGGGCGUGGCUCUGCCAAGAUGUUUGGGCGGCAUAUCGAGAGAGGCGCAAGACAUUAACGUUUUGGGUCCCUAAAAAGACAUACGCGUCUCUCUCUCCAGCGGAGCUUGCGUCUCGCUCUAUGUUUGUCCUUGCAAAGGUCAUAAACUACUGCUCACGGGAGGAGAGCCUUCUUGCAGAAAUCAAUCUGCAGGCAAGGAUUGACAGGGCGAAGCAUUUGCGCAAUAUGCUAGACGAAUGGUGGAGCCAUCUAACGGUCGAGUUCACUCCAUUGCCCACGACAGUCAGCACCAAGGCGCCCUUCCGUCCCAUCUGGAUUAGGACUCCUGCAUUUGCUGUUGCUGUGCAACUACACUGUGUUGCACAUAUUCUGAUUGCCUCACAUGAGCCUUGUCUCUACGGGAUAGAUCAAUUCCUGGAGCGGCAAACGAGCAUUCGGCAAUGUGUGGAGAUCAUUUGUGGAAUUGCCAUGGCGUUGAAAGAUGAUGCAUCGAGCCUAAUAUCUUCCCAAUGUUUAUUUAUAGCGGGAACGUUCACACAAGACAGUCGAUCUCGCGACUGCGUACUAGAGCUCCUGGAGUCGUGUCGUCAACGAACUGGGUGGCCUGUUCACUCAUUUGGCAGUGAGUUGAAGCAGAUGUGGAGGACGUUCGAAUCCCAUGAGGAACAGAGUGGGACAGGAACAUACGCAAGCAUUCUACUGAAAAAUCGGUAGUCAAGUGUUUCGUGGUGAUGAUUCCGGACCGACUGUGUCUCACCGGAUCGAAGCGCUGGUUCAAAGUUUGAGCUGUGUGUCAGAUCACACAUGGAAGUGACGGUUCAUAUUGCCAUCGAGAUCUCGUUAUCUGUUGGAUAUAUAUCUAUAUAGCCUAUUUCUGGGGCCAACGAGCGUCUUAACAAGGCAGAGCUGAUGCAGGCACGGCUCUACCAUGGCUAAAGAGCACUCUCAAGCCCUUGGCAUGCCGCGGCCAUUAUGUAUGUCAUCAUUAGUGAUUGGUUGAUUCUAUUACGAGCCAGUAGGAGUUAAAUCUAGCUCGCAAACUCCAGUUCUAGGCCAAAAAUCGUGGACUGUAGUCAUUUUCUUCGGUUGAUAGCGGAACUGGUAGCUUCAAUUCGGAAUGGUGGGUUCUGAAAUAACCCAGAGCACCUUAUUAUACCCUGGUAUAGCACCACUGAAGAAGAAGGACUUGGUGGUAGAGAACAUUGGGGAACAUGGAAGCAGGCAAG